CGUGUUUGUGGGUGUUCUUUGUAAAGACGCUGCUGUGUGUCGCAUGGUUUCAGCUGCUGCGACCGGAGGAGGUGGAGAUGUUGGUGUGUGGAAACCCAGACAUCGACAUGAGCGCUCUGCAGAAAGGAGCGCAGUACGAAGGCUACGGCAAGACCGACAACACCGUCAGGUGCUUCUGGGACGUGGUGUUGUCCUUCCCUCUGGAGCUGCAGAAGAAGCUGCUUCACUUCACCACAGGAAGUGACCGCGUCCCCGUUGGAGGAAUGGCCGACCUCAACUUCAAAAUCUCCAAGAUCGACGUCCCGACAGACUGGUUGCCUAUCUCUCACACCUGUUUCAAUCAGAUCUGUCUGCCUCCGUAUCGAACCAGGAAGGAGCUCAAACACAAACUGACCAUCGCCAUCUCCAACGCAGAGGGCUUCGGCCUGGAGUGACCGACCGACGCCCUCAAACGGACACGCCCAUUCUAUAAACCACGCCCUCAUUAAUACUCAUUCAGUGGCUGUUUGCACCUUUGUGGCCGUUUUCAGUUUUGUAUUUGUGUGUUUUUUUGUUCUUGUUUUUCAUGGAGGGUGAGAACUGGACUAAAUGUAGGUUUGGACCAAAUGUUUCUGACAGGACAGUUGUGAUGAGACGCAGGCGCAGACGUUGACAGUCACAAAGCAAUAAGACAAAGACUGGAUUUGCACAUUUCAGUCAGUACGAUAUUCAGUCAGCUCUGAGCACCAGUGUGUGUGUGGACAGAACGUCUGCCUGGUGCUGCUUCUGUCAUUGGCUGACUUUAGACAACGGCUGCAGGUGUGGCUGCUGUAGAAGAGCACAACUUCCAACAUCCAUCCAUCCAUCCUUCCGUCCAUCUGUCCGUCCAUCCAUCCUUCCUUCCUUCCUUCCUUCCUUCCUUUUUUCCUUCCUUCCUUCCUUCCUU